GAGGAAACUGGUAAGCUAGCUUCUCCCGAGCCGACUAAGGGGAUAAAGGUUCCAAAGCUAUGUUCGUCGUUCCGGAAGAAGGUAACAAGUAGGCAAACCAAGCUGUUGAAGGAGGAGUCGACGCUCUUGAUGAAGGUGAAAUGGAAGCAUCAUCAUCGUCAGCACCAUUUGAGUUUGAUGUAUUUUUGAGCUUCAGAGGGAAGGACACUCGAAAGGGGUUUACCGGCCAUCUUUAUGAUCGCCUGAAGCUACAUGGCAUCUCUGCCUUCAAGGACAGUGAGGACCUCGAAAGAGGCCAAGAGAUAGAGGAAUUGCUGAACUACAUAGAGCGGUCCAUGAUUUUGAUGCCCAUCUUUUCAAUGGGGUACGCGGAGUCGAGAUGGUGUUUGAAGGAGAUCACCAUGAUGGUGGCAUGCCGGAGGCUCAUCAUUCCUGUGUUCUUCGACGUAGAACCUUUGGACGUUCGUGAUCAGAUUGACCAUUUUGCUCAUGCUUUUGAACGAUACCAAAAGGAUACCGAAAUAGAUCAGCAGGAGGUGAGCAAUUGGAGGCGCGCCUUGGAGACAGUAGGCAGUUUAUGUGGCUUCCAUCUCAAGAACGACGCCGACGGGGAUGAGGCAAAGCUGGUACUUCUUAUCGUCAGAAGGGUGCUAAAAGAAGUAAGCAAGUUCCCUUACCAAGUUGCAGAACACCCAAUUGGCGUUGAUGCUCAUGUUAAUGAAGUGAAGAAACUCUGCAAAUAUGGCAGUGCUGUACAAUUCAUUGGCAUCCAUGGGAUGGGAGGCAUUGGCAAAACAACAAUUGCCAAGGCCAUUUAUAACGACCUAUUUCUUGAGUUUGAAGCUAGCAGUUUUCUUUUUAAUAUUAGGGAGAAAUUUCAACAGCACAGAGAACUGGAGCUACAACGGCAGCUCACUCAUGACAUCCUAAAAAUCGAUGAUCCACAAAUUUAUAGCGUUGAAGAUGGAAAAGGCAUGAUAAAAAACAGAAUGAAUUCCAAAAAGGUGCUAAUUAUCUUAGAUGAUAUUGACGACGGGUACCAACUAGACGCAUUGGCUGGUGGAAGAGAUUGGUUUGGACAUGGAAGUAUGAUCUUCAUCACAACGAGAAACUGGAAGGUAAUACAAGAACAUGGUCUGAGUGAAGGUCAAAUUUACAAGGUUAAUGGUCUCAACUAUGAGCAAUCAUGUUACUUGUUUAAGUGGUAUGCUUUUAAAGGUCGAGAACCAGAAAAAGGUUGUCGUCAGCUGUUGGAUGCAUUUGUUAAAGCUGGUGGGGGAAUACCACUGGCACUUCAAAUGAUUGGAUUGACUUUAGCUCCCAAAAGAAAAGUACAAGAGUGGAAAUAUCUACUCGAUAAGUUGCAACAUAUUCCUGUCGAUCGCAUUCAAGAGCGAUUGAGGAUAAGCUAUGAUGGAUUGAAGGAGGAAGAACAGAAGCAGAUAUUUCUGGAUAUCUCAUGCUUUUUCAUUGGUAAGGACAGAGAGAAGGCAACUCAUAUGUGGGAAGCAUGUGGUUUAUACCCAAAAUUUGUCAUUCCGGUCCUUCUUAGUAGGUCACUUAUUAACAUAGAUCAGCAUGGGGAGUUUUCAAUGCAUGAUCUCGUCCGGGACAUGGGAAGGGAAAUAGUUCGUCAACAUGGGAUCGCCGAGCCUUGGAUGAUAAGUAGGCUAUGGAGUUCACAAGACAUAUUUGUUCUGCUUCGCCAGAUGGUGCCAAUCGAACGCGUCAAAGGGAUCAUGCUUCCUAAAAGCAGAAACGACUUUGAAGGUACUGAAAGCAGCUGCCUUCAGAACAGAAUAGCAGGUCAAAGAUCAAAUCUAGAUAAAUGCUUCACCGCCCAGUGCUUUGAACUAAUGCUUAAUCUGAGGAUUCUUCAGCUUGAGGGCAUAAGCUUUGAAGGCAAUUUCCAGCAUUUUCCUAAAGGUUUGAGAUGGUUGGCAUUGGAAAACUGUCGCUUCACUUCUCCGCCACAUGAUUUUGACAUUGAGAAGGUCGCCUUACUUGAUUUGUCCGGCUGCAGUCUCAUGGCUGAAUGUUUCACCAAUUAUUCCUUGAUGAGAACACUGGACCUCAGUUAUUUGAAAUUUCUCAAUCUUGCUCGAACGGAGAUAUCUAGCACUCCUGAUUUUACCAAUGUACGUUGGCUGGAGAAACUGAUACUUAGUGACUGCACAAAGUUAACUAAGGUUCAUGAAUCUAUUGGGAUACUGAAGAGCUUGUUGAGCUUGGACCUAGGAGGAUGUAAGAUUCUGAGCAAAAUACCAGAUUCUGUUUGCAGAUUAAGUUCUCUCAAGUCUUUUGAUCUACGGAAGUGUGCGAAAGUUGAGUAUUUGCCUGAAAGCCUGGGGAAUAUGAAGUCACUACAGAAGCUUUAUCUUGACAGUACAAGCAUUGAAACCUUACCUGAUUCAAUCGGAAGUCUUACAAGACUUGGAGUUCUGUCUUUGAAAGGUUGCAUGUGCCUGAAUGCGUUACCUAGUUCCUUUCGAAAUUUAGUAUGUUUACAACACAUGAUAGUCCAGGGAACUUUCGUGAAGGGAAGAGAGAACAACAUUUAUUACAAAAAGGAAGGAGUUGAAGUGCGUGCUUCAUCCCUCGACUUGCUUGCUAUACUGCCAAACUUAUUUUGUAGAAGAAUAUGCAGACUUACUUUGACUGAUUAUAAAACUGAGGAGCUGCCAGAUUCUAUGAAAAAUAUGACCAAUCUUAGCUCAUUGGAGUUGCAUUGCCAUGCAAUCAGAGAAUUACCUUCCUACAUUGGGUCUCUCAGAAGAAUUAAGAAACUCAAAUUACUUUGUAUGGAGCUCAAAAGUUUGCCUAAUUCUGUUGGUGCACUGAAGGAACUCGUCACUUUCGAGAUUUUCGCGGGCAGUAUGAAAGCUCUACCCGAUUCGAUUGGAGAACUAGAAAGCCUUGAAAUUUUGCUCAUCAGGUACAACAAGUUGACGUCGCUACCUCAUAGUAUUGGAUACCUGGAAAAUCUUCGAACGCUUCUGUUGUACAAUUGCUUCAACCUAAAAGACUUGCCUGCUUCAAUCAGUUCUCUAGGAAGACUUCAAAGGUUAUCGUUAACGCAUUGCCAUAAUUUGAAAAAGCUAUCCCUUGCUUCUGUGCCACAGCCAGGCAGUUCGCAACCCUCUGCUUUAUCUCAGCCUUUGUCCCAAAAGAUGCCGGAACAGAGUGGGCACGCUUCUCUUCUGCAACGACUUUCCUCUUCCUUAUUCCACCUUGAAGUUUCCCACUGCGUUCGACUGAGAGAAGUAAACGUUUCGAACUUGCAGUCAUUGGUGAACUUGGAUCUUCGAGGUUGUGACUUGUUAGAAGACAUCCUUGGUCUGGAAAAUAUUACCAACUUGGAAAUUCUUGUUUUGCCCGCUCCAGCGUGUGCCCUUAGCGACAACUUCAAUGAAAGAUCUUUUAAGAUUGAUUUUAGUGUAUUGCGCACUAUUAUUGCCUGCAAACAGAGGGCAUCGUUUCCACAAUUACAAAGGUUCGUCGUGGAAAGUACUGAAGGAAACGUCAGACUUGAUCCAUUUUUGCGAGGAACUACCCUCCCGGCGUUGACGGAGGUGCCAAGAGAGCAUACUCUUCCUUCUGGUUUGAAGAACAUUGUACAUCAGACCGAAACGCUUACACUUACACCAGCAAUAUCAUGGGUUCGACGUGGGCAUUUGCCUUUCUUGCUUCCAAAUGUUCCCCACGCCAACCGCCGCUUGAGAAGAGCGCAGUUCACCUUCGAAAGACUGCCUUCGCCCAUCCUGAUAUCAGUCGUCGCCGACGACGGCCGGCUCCUGUUUGAGACUACCAAAAACCUGGUGGGCUCUAGCCUGAACUUAUGCAGCGACGAUGAGAUCGUCUGUCGAUUAAGAGACAUUAUUUCUGGCACGAUCGGCGUGACGGCUGAUAUGUCGAGGCUUUCUCGAUUUUCUGCCUCUUUUGAAUGGGAGAUGAAACGGCUCGAUGACCUACAGAAGCCAGCUGCCGUCACCAGUUCAACUUGAGCACCGGAGCUAAUGAAACAUAUCCGUCUUCCCUUUGUCGAUCGUGUGUUGAUAAAAUAACUUCAUGUUCCGAAUACUUUCUUCGUUAAAGAUUGCUGGCACUACAACAAUUACUGAAAAUCCUUUCUGCUUCUUUCUUGGGCUUGAUUUAUUGGAUGCCAACUGACAUUGUUCAAUCAUGUUCUUGUUGAAAAACACAAAAAUAAUAAAAGAUGUUUUAAGUGGUUUUUCACUACGAUCACCUUGAUUGUUCAUGCUCUUACACCUGAGUUUAAAAGGAGCAGUUACAAGAGAUCUAUUAUUACCAUUAACUGCAUAAUAAUUCCUUGAUUUAUGCAUUGUCUUUUACGGUUCCUUAGAUUCACCAUGCAUGCCUCGUAAUCUCCAAUAUUAUCCGCACCAUCAUCAGUGCCACCAUCUAGGCUGCUAUAUUGGUCAUCUAUUUAUUCAUGGAAGGGGUCAGUAGAACUAUAAGCCUAUUCGAGAAUUAAACUAAGGGGAGCAGCAAAAUUAUCUAGAAUAUCACUGACCCUGCAGCCGGUAUUACUGGUUGUCUUCUAUAGUCGUUCUUACUCUGAUUUUGUCUGAUGUUGUUCGAUUUUAUUUGAUCCUUUCUGCAUUACAAAUUCAUUCUAGAAACUUGUUAUGUAUUUUGAACGGAGAUGUAUAUAAGGAAGUCUCUCACGGCUAAUGGAGUUCAAAAACUUUUGCUUCUCUAUCAGUCGUACUCUGUUCUGAUUCCUCCCCUUUACUGCUUUACUGCUCUCUGUUUUCUACAGAUGUGGGAUCAGGACAUGAACAUUGCCAAGUUCUUUCUCCAGAUGGAAAAUAGAGAAACCUUGGGACCCACUUAGAUCUUUGUAAUCUUUGAAUCCAAUCAGAUGCA